CAUGCAUAGGUGAUCAAUAUUUGGAGUGACAAGAGUAUUUUGGACCAGCAACUUAUCAGUAAUAUCAAAAGAACUGUCAGUGGCCAUGCUGCUGGCCUUCCAGCAGAAACAAACUAUAUUCAACAACAACAACAACAACAACAGCCAAAGCCCAUACCUUCACCCUAUACUACUACUCCAUUGACGACGCAUGCGGGGCUUCCUGCUCAACAGCCCCAGCCACAGCCACAACACCCACCAGUACUUCAUCCGUUUCCGACUUCCAUGCAUGCUCCUCCUGUUGUACAACCACAGCAACAGCCAGCGUAUCCACCCAAUCCAAUGUUCCUGAUGCGUCCACCGCUCAAUUUCCCGCCUCCACAUCCACAACAACAACAACAACAACAGCAAUAUAUGCGACCCCCCCCUCCUCCACCGUUUGGGUUUCAGCCUUAUCCAGCGCCUUCAUUUGGCGCACCACCGCCUGCUGCUGCUGCUGCCAUGUAUCAACAACUACCGUUUCCGCAGAGGCCGCCUCCACCUCCGCUCCAUUUUAUGCCUCCAGCACAACAGCAACAGCCGGUGACAGCUAACAGUAGUCACCUUCAUGCAUCUGCUCCACUCACACCACCCUCCAAGCCCUAUCAUGAAUUACCUGCAGGUCUUAUGCUUCUAGCAAAGAGUGAGGAUUAUAGGCCGAUGGAUACUUCCAAGAUUAAACCGAUCCAUUUACCACCACAACCUUCUGAAGAUCUACUGAAAGCAAUGGAUGAUUUUUACAAAGGUAUUGAAGAAAUGUCUGCCAUGGAUGACGAUGAUGCAGUGGUCAGUAUCUUGGAUGAAAAGAAAGCAACGGUUCAUUUGGAUGCUCAAGGCUGGGAAAAGGGGUAUUUAGAUGAGUUUAUGCACAUGAUGGCACAGCGCAAGAAGGAGAAAGAAGAGGAAAGGAAGAGGAAAGAAGAGGAAGAAGAAGAAGAAGAAAGGUACAGAAGCGAGAGGAGAGGCAGCCGAGAUCGAAGAAGAUCGUCUUCUUAUCGUAGCCAUGAAAGAAGAAGAGGUAGAAGUAGUAGAAGUCGAAGCUACAGUCGAGAGAGAAGAAGGAGUCCGAUCCGCGGAGGAGGACGAAGAUACCAUAGCCACAGUCGUAGUCGUAGCAGAGGAAGAGCCACCCAUCGACGCGAUGAGUACAAUGAUAGCCGUCAUUAUCAUGAUCGGUAUGAGAAAGAGGAACGAGGCCGUAGCCGUUAUCAUCGCUAUCAUACCCCUAGCCCAUCACGAAGAAGUCGCAGCUAUAGUCAAAGCCCAUCGCCUCCGCCUCGCCAUCGCGGUAGAAAGAGUCCAUCACCCAGGAGAAAGAGUCGAAGGUCGGAUCGAAGCCGCAGCAGUAGCUAUCAUAGAAAUAGUAGAAAAAGUAAACGAUAUUAUGGUAGUCAAAGUCGAAGCCGAAGCCGAAGUCGCAGUCCACCUUCAGGUCAUACAUCAUCGGAAAGAAAUUAUAAUGUAAGAGAGGAUAGUCCAUCAGCCGUCGAUAGAAGGGGCGGUCUAGGGUCAGGUCGUAGUGAUAUGGGCCCGCACGCUGGCUUGGGCAGUGGUGGUGGUGGUGGUGUAGGAUUUGAUCGUAUGAUGGGCGCAUUACCGUCAGCAUCAGCAGCGGUAACAGCAGAAAAUAAGCGUAUGGGAUUAGGUAGUAGAACAGCCGCACAGCAAGCAGCAGAUGAAUAUGAGAGUUUUAGACGGGCAAAGAGUAAAACAUAUAAUCGACGAGAACCCUAUCAGCCAUUCACUUGUUAUAAAUGCAAUAAGGUAGCUAUCUCUUUUUUUUUUUUUGUGUGUGUGUUUUUUUCUUUAUUGAACGGUGGGGAAUAAGAAUGUACUGAAUCCAUUUUUUUUUCUAAUAAAUAGGUUGGGCACCUUGCAAGAGAAUGUAAUAGUCUAUGAUGUUUUUGCUUAUAUCCUUUUC